CGAGGUUAGAAAUUGCAACACACGAAGAAAUAACCACACCGAGUAGUCACAUAUCGAUACAGUUUCUACUGGAAACCGGGACAUCGCAUUAAGAUGGGAGCCAAGAGAAAAAGAAAGUUCCAAUGCAAUAUAUGUGCCAAGGUCUUCUUAAGUAUGCAAAGCUUGAAAAGACACAAAGAUUUUCAUGUGAAUCAUCGACGAGGAUUUAAGUGUGGAAAAUGUGCCAACUUCUUCAUGUCUAGCACGUUUUUAAAGAAACAUCACUGUAAAAGCCUUUCCUGCUCACGUGAUCAGUCAGAAAAAGGUAACGAGGAGAACCUCACACCAGAGAAAGUCAGUCCACCAGUUACCCAGACACAUGACCAUCCGCAAAUUUUCAAAUGUGGAUUCUGCCAAAGUUGCUUCGUUUCACAGAAAGUUUUGAACCAGCAUAUGGCAAUAACUUCUGCUGAACAACAUCAUAGAUGUACAGAAUGUACGAAAAGAUUCUACUGUGCGCAGCAGUUUCACGAACAUUUUCAGAUUCAUAAUACUGUGCACAAGGUGUGUUACGUGUGUGGAGAAGUUCUAAGGGAAGACGAGGAAGUCUUUAAACGUCACGUGUUAUCCCAUGCCGAAGUUGAAGAACAGAACUGCAAUCAGUGUGUGAAGAAGUUUUCAACUGAAAGUGAUUUAGAGAAGCACGAAAAAGAACGCAUUCCUAGCAGCAAGUCGAAUGUACCUCAUCAAAAUGAGAUGGACAUAGACUGCGAGGAAACGGAUGUUACCGAAAGUGCAACAAAGAAUGAUAAAGGAAUAUUUACAGAUCAAGACGUACUGCGACACGUACACCUCGACUUCAGCACAUCCCCCACUUCCAAGUCCGGGAGGAUCUUGGAGUUAGAAAAGGAAGUGACAGAUAUGGGUGACUCGCCAACGCCUACCAGACGAAGCGCUCGCACACCUCGACCAUCUGCUAAAAAGCUUACACAUGACAAAAUGGAAGAAAAUGAAUUAUUAUGUAAAAUUUGCUUGAAUGUAUUUUCAAACAAAAGUUCUUUCAAAAAGCACAUGUUGGAUCAUGUAAGUGAAAAAAACACGCAGUGCAAAAUCUGCAGUAAGACAUUUAAGCGUAGCCGAUACCUGAAUGACCAUAUGAAAUUACACCUCGGACAGGAACCCCAUAAAUGCCAUAUCUGUGGUCUAAACAUCAAAUACAACCCAUCAAAUUUUCGUCGACAUAUGAGAAAACAUUCAGGGAACCGAGAAUUUGGUUGCAAUAUUUGUGCUAUGUCUUUCUAUAGAGCAGACGACCUCCAAAGUCACAUAAAAACACACUAUAAACAGUGCAAGCAUGUUUGUACAACAUGUGGCAUUGGGUUUUCUACACCAUAUAAACUUACCGAGCACACGCAGAGUCACGACCUAAACACUGAUACUCCUUGCGACAUGUGUGACAAAUCCUUCGUCAGCAAAACACAGUACCAUGACCACUGCAGUCGUGUACACAGGGGGCAGUUCAUGUGCAAAUUAUGUGGCAUAACAAUGAAGUCCAAAUACUGGUUUGAGAAACACAAGUUAGAGUAUCACUUAUCAGAGGUAGCAGAAUGCAGUUUAACGGAUAACAGAGAAGAAGAGAAGAGCGGUCAUUUGAGUGAUAUUAAACGGGAUAACGACAACGACCAGGCAUUAAUAACGCAACUGGAAGAUACAGAGGAAAAAAGUUUAGAGAAAUCAUUCCAGGAUGCAUUGCAAUCUAAAGAUAGUACAUAUGAGGAAACGAGUGACGGGCAAGGAGAAUCAAUUACGUCAGUACCUGAACUAGGCACUGAUAUACUACCUGUACUACCUAAAUUAGAACCUGAAGAGUAUGCUGAAGAUUUGAAUGUUCGUUUUCAAUGUAGAUUCUGCUACAAGGUAUUCGCCAGCAGUGGUAAUCUCAAGCGCCACGAGAAUGACAUUUGCGAGGAAACUUUGUCAAGUAAGGUGACUCUCGACAAAAGAAAGACUACAUAUCAGAAGAAAAUCAAACAGCAGAAGAAAACACCGACGAAGCUCCUUGGGAAAAACCUGCAAUGUCCAGAAUGCUCGAAAAAAUUCAGCCGCCGUUGUGACUUAAAACUUCACGCACGUGUUCACGCCGGAAUUAAAAAUUACGUUUGCGAAAUAUGUAGCGCCUCCUACUUCUCGGUAAGCAAUUUGAAUAGACAUAGAGAAGUCCACAACAGUCAGUCCAACAAUGUUUGUCACGUGUGUGGGAAAUCUUUCGCUUGUAGAAACUACCUUUUCACGCAUAUCAGACGCAUACACGAGACCGACAGUAGCACUCUUGAGAAGUUUAAAUGUGAUUCAUGCUCCAAGUAUUUCACUUCCUACUCCAACUAUAAGCGCCACCAGAGAAUCCACACCGGAGAGCGACCCCACAAAUGUAAUGUUUGUAAUAAGGCAUUUCGUCGCACAGACGACCUUGCUGUACACGCAAAAAUACACUCUUCAGUUAAACCGUUCCAAUGCGAAAUAUGCAACAAAAGUUUCAAUCAGCGUCAUAACUUGAAGAAACAUUUGAAAAGACACGAUCAAGGUUUGAGACGGAUCUAUCGAUGUCCGAAGUGUACUAGGACCUUUCGUCAACAGAAGGCCUUUGAAAGGCAUUUAUUAAGUCAUGAAAGUAUCGAGGAAGAACAUGAAGGAGAAACACAAAGGUAUGUUAAUGGUGAAACUGCGGUAACCGGCAAGACUACACCUGCCCAAUCAGCCACCACCGACGACACAGAGUACUCGCGAACAGCUCAUGCCAUAGCAACAGCCAUUUCGUCAAUUCAGUAUCAAGAGGCUGGCAAACAGAUGUCUGCAGAACCGAAUCAAUCCACUGUUUCACAAGGACCGGACGGCAGACAGGUAAUAAUCGUCCUGCCAAGUGGCACGGUAGCGCCAUUUCAGUGUAGCCUCUGUAAACAAGAGUUCCCAGAAAUCGUUCAGCUUGUGAAUCACAUGGUGGAACAUGAUUAGAGGAUAAAGAAGACAUUGUUAUCAUAGAUCGGAGAUGUAACACAUGCAAUAGAACUUGUUUGCCUUGUAUUUCGUUCGAUGUACCGAACAGAUGUUUCGUUAAACAUCCUUAAUGUACUAUUUUGCUAUAAACAUAUAUUUUGAAGCAUAGCGUAGGUGAAAUUUGGCUAUAUUGCUAUAAACGAUUAUAUCUUUGCAACUAUGCAUUGGAUAUUACUGAUAUUUGAUUGGAAGCUUCAGGGGAAGUGAACAAUCCCGUAGGGUGCUUAGUGGCGGGGCCCAACAGAUAAUACUAACCAAAUUCAAAUCCUUCUUCUUCUGUAGGAAAACAAAAUAUUAUACAUAUACAUAUAUAUGGGUUAGAAGCAUGCUUGGGGUAAGGGGCCUUUUUAGUAUAAAUAGAGGAUGUGAUCCCUAUGGGACUGAGAAGAGGGACCCAGUGCGUGAUAAUAGCAAAUUAUUUUAAUUUCCGAUCAACUUGUCUACACUGAUAAAUACUUAUAUAUACACUUGUAUAAUGCGGGUAUUUUAUUGUUCUUUCAUCGUUGACUAAUAAAAAUGUCAAUUAGAAGUAGUAAACACAAUGUAAGACAGAUAUCAGAGGCGGAGAAAAGUCAGGACCGCGGGGAAUUAACUUCAAACCAGUAAAGCUAGAAGUUAAUAAACGGAAUCGUCAAAUUAAUGUUUUACAUUGUAGUUACAUCAUGCUCAUUUGUGAUUUUAACUUUAGCUCUCUGUGUAAGGAAACACGAGCGCUUGGUUGUGAAGCAACCAUUCAAGAUAUAACCAACUUUAAGUUUAAGAAUCGGUCACAUGAUUGAUUUCAAAUAAAUCGACAUAUAAUUUUAUUUACUGACAUACACUAAUACACAUUUAAACAUCUGCAUAAUACCAUGUAUAUCAUAUAAACACCCUGUUUUACUUAUGUAAUGAGAAUUAUGGAAUUCCAUUGCAUGCCUGUGUUUUUAUAUAUUCUCACCUUCUAAAUCAGUGUUCCUGGUUGAUAUGACAAUCAAACAUGACCAGGUGGAACACGGACAGUGACAGGUAUUCCCUAUAUUUGUUGUUAAAUGAUCAGACUAUAAUCUUAACCAGAUGGAAUGAUGUUGUACAACGUCCUGCCUUGAUAUAAUUUGCAUAUUAAUAUUCUGAGUUUUAAACAAUAUUAAACCAUCCACUAUGUU